AUGGCUUCUGAGUCCCUGUUGAGUAGCUUGAGGUCGGCAAGCCAGGUCGACUGCGACACUCUUGAUGUGGAAGUUGCCAAAGAGCUAGGCCCUUUCGUGGACUGCACCUCCAACCAGGCCAUCGCGUUCAAUGAGCUGACCAAGCUCACCCCUGACGGUAAACUCUACCACGAGCAGCUCAUUCGAGAUGCUGCCAAAGACGCACAGAGCUGGGCGAAAGAAACCUGGUCAGACGUUGACCCGGUUCUUCUCGCCGUUGAGAUCAUGGUAUUUAACCAGGAGCCAGACGAGGACAGCCAUCAGGUUCACUAA